AUAGCGAAGUUGUGUGUACUUCAUGGUACUGAACCACAUGGAGUGUGUGCGAGCAAUAGAGUAAAUUUUGGAAAAAAUCAGUGGUUUAGCGCUGAAAAAGUGCUCAAGUGUAUCACCCAUCGGUGCGACCGAGUGUUUUGCAGUGAAUGCGCGUGAGUGUGACACGGCAGACGUGUGGAAAAGUGCGUGAAAAGUGUGUUAUCAAAAAAGCGUGUUGUCCUGCUCUGACGUCAAUCUGUCAUACCCAUGAGAAAUUGAAAACUUACAUGUAAGUUUCCAUUUUACCCGACCCAUGGUGGGCAUAUGACAGAUUGCCAUCGCGGAGCUCGGGACAAGGAGUGUGCAGCAGACCGGACUCUCUUGGCAACGGGAGAAGGCAGCUCAAGUGAACCGGAGGGAGUGAUUUUGAGUGUGAGGAGCAGCUUUUUGGGGCACCCCAGUGGUGGACAGUGGAAUCCCGUCGCCCCCGUCAAACAUGGUGUGCUCAUAACACGUCGCGGUGAUUAGAGUGUCUCUCACAUCGUGUCGUGCUUGAAUAUUCCUCCGCCACACAUUUUCAUCGCGUUAUAAUCUCUCAUCGGGCAAAGAGAAGCGAGAGAGAGGUGGUCGGUCAUAAAACAGCCUACAAAUACAGCGAUAGACGUGUGAAACGUUAUGGCAACGAAAACGCUGGAAAAAAGUACCACACUUAAUCCCUCGAGUGAGAAUCAGCCACCACACCAUGGCACCACAUCGGCUACAUCCAGUUCCUCCUACGCAAAUGUGGUGAAUAGCUUGAAGGCAGGUAGUGGUGGUGGUGGGCACUCGAUCGUUGAGAUGAAACAGCGGAAUGACAAUAACAAGGAGAACGUUCUCGAGGAUAAAGUGUCGGAGGAGCAGCGUCCUGGGAGUGGGCCUGCACCUGAAGCCACAUCCCCUCGGGAACCACGAGGGGCAUCUGUUGGUGAUGCCGAGGACGAUGAUACAUUCAUUCCGGUGGCAUCUCUGACAAAGAAGGAGCGUCGCAAGGAGAAGCGUCAGCAACUCCGUGCAGCACGUCCGGAAGUGAGUGGGACUAAGCCACAGGGUGGCACGACAGAGAGGAAGGCGGCCACAAAGAAGGCUGCAGCAGAGGGUGGUAAAGUGCCGGCAAAUGGGGCCACCACAUCCGCUGAUACAGCCACAAAUGGCGGUGGAGCCAAUGGGCAUGAGAAGGGGCCCAAGGAGGAGACUCCGAAGAAAUUUGUCGAGGCUCCAAUUCCCACUGUGAAUGCAUGGAAGAUUCAAAAUCAAACAGAAGUUAUCCCGGAAGUGGAUGUGCUCAAGAGUAAGAGAAUCCUCCAGCCGAAGGAGCAGCAGAAAAUUCGUGCAGCUGCUGACCAAUCCAAAGGAGGAGCAGAGAAUGAGGCAAAAGGUGCGGAAGCAGUACAAUCAGAAACCCCCAAUAUUGCCAAGAUUCUCAAAGAGGAGAAGCAGCAGCAGCAGCAGCACAAAAGCAAUAAGGCGAGUGAUUUUACCAAUGUGGGCGAUUGGCCAUUGCUGGGAAGUGGUGCGCCCGGAAAUGGUGGAGGUAGUGGUGCAAAUUCUGCUGCCAGUGAUGUGAAAAAGAUCCCCAAUGUAUCAGCAGCAGCACCACAUAAUGCUGCAGCAGCAAUAGAGGUGGGUGAAAGUGCAGAGGCACCACCACAACCACCAUCAUCAUUGGCAAAGCACACUGCAGUGCAGGAGAAGGAGGCCACUAUGCCAAAACCGGAAUCAGCUGGUGUGGCACGUACGCAGCAACAGCAGCAACAGCCUGAGGUGAAUGGGAGGAAUAAUGGCACAAAUCACGAUGGAUAUUUGGACAGUGGGCCAUCGACAUCGGGUGCGGCGUCAAGCAAUCGCCGGGGAUUCCGCCCAAAGUGGGUACCACUUGAUAUUGAAGUCUCCAACAAGCCACAGCGUAGUGGGAAACGUGGUGGACGCGAUGAUUACCAUCAUGGGGGGAAUCGCGGUGGGGACUUUUAUGCGGGACCCCCACAUGGACGCCGUGGGGGCUCCUCGGAGUACCCGGGUAGAAGCAAUCGUCGCUUCAAGGGGGGCAAUUCGGGACGUUCAUCGGCUGCCAGUGGGCAUCACAAUGGUGGACCCACAGCGCCAAGACGCGGUGGAACACGUCCAUCGCGUACCGUGAAUACCGCCUCACCCGUGGAUCCGCAUGUUAUAAUGCACGAUCCUGAACGCUUCAGGGAAUUCGCAGUGGCGAAACAAGGGGCUGAUUUGGCGGCCUACAUGAUGCCUUACAUGGGUACCUACUACUACAACGGGGUCCCAGCGUAUCCGACCAUGGAUCAACCUAGUCUUAAAGAAUGCAUCAAACGACAAAUAGAAUAUUACUUCAGUGAAGAAAAUCUAUUGCGUGACUUCUUCUUACGUCGCAAAAUGGAUCCUGAGGGAUUCAUUCCAGUGACCCUAAUUGCAUCCUUCAAUCGUGUUCAAGCCCUCAGUUCGGACACAGCAUUAAUCAUUGAGGCAAUACGGGAUUCGGAUAAAUUGGAAAUUGUCAAUGAUUUCAAAUUGCGCACCAAAACAGAUCCAUGCAAAUGGCCUAUUAUAUCCACAAUUGACAAUACAGGUGGUGGUGGCGCCUGUACACCAACACCAAUUAUUGCUGCUGCUACAACCCCAACGAAUCCAAUUGUCCCUCCUCAAGCCAUUGUACCCCAAACAGCACCCGCCGUUGCGAUGAUACCCAUUGAGGUGCCAGCGGUGAAUGUGAAUCAAUUGGCAGCAACACCCCUGAGUAAGAUCCCCCCACCGCCGGUUCCGCGGAAUUUUCGUUCAAAAACCGGCGUUGAGAGUGUGGGAGAGCCACGAAGGGUGACACCAGUGGCAGUUGUGGAGCACAAUGGAAUUGGGAAGGAGGACUUGAAUCCCGAUGUCCCGGAAUUUGUGCCACCUGCCAAACUCAGAGAUGCCCCCGCACAGCGUGGUGUGGGGAAACGUGAUCAGCAGGUGCCAAAGGGGGGUAGUCGCAAAGGUGGUAGUCGCGAUGUGGAUGCUGAGGUGGAGAAGGUGAUGUUGACUGACAAUAAAUUAGGGCACGAUGAUGAUUGCGAAGGGGAGGAAAGUGAUUCGGAUUUAUGGCGUGAAGUGAAGCGACGAUCGAAGCACAAUAAUAGCAAAGAGACAACACCAAAACCCACGGGGAGUGGACAUCAGCAGCAGCAGCAGCAACAGCAGCAGCAUCAGGGAGCUGCAGCAAGUGGGGCUGGUGGUGCAAAAGGUGGUAAUCGACGACCACGUGUUGAUGAGAAGGAGGAAUUGGAUUUUCAGUUUGACGAAGAACUGGAUAUACCCAUAUCAGGGCGGGUAAAUCAUUUCACGGAGAAUUGGUCAGAUGAUGAAUCUGAUUAUGAGCUAUCGGAUCGGGAUAUCAAUAAAAUUCUCAUUGUGACACAAGUGACGAGCCAUCGGACGCCCAAGCAUGAAGGAUACGAUCGCACUGGAGACUGGACAACACGCACAAAGAUCGCCCAGGAUUUGGAGCAAGUGAUCAAUGAUGGUCUCAUAAAUUACGAAGAGGAUCUCUGGGAGACGGGUCGACGUCCAACGUCGAAUAAUUACAAGACAGUCAAUGUGAUUACACAGGAGGAUUUCGAGAAGAUUGUCCCGCGUGCCGCCAAGAAGGUUAACCCCGAUGUUCCACCACCGCCACCGCCAACGUUUACUGAAGCUGGAGUCGCUGCAGCAGCAGCGGCGGCAGCAGCAGCAGUGGUUAAUUUGGAAGAGGAUGAGACGCAAACAACACCAGGUGGUGGACAUCGUAAGGCACGCUUCUAUGCGGUGAAUAAGGAUGAGCUGGUUGAUCCACGUACACCGCGUAAACGCAAGACACGCCACUCGACGAAUCCCCCUGUUGAGAGUCACGUCGGCUGGGUUAUGGAUGUUGUUGAACAUCGACCACGGACAUCGAGUAUGGGCAGUUCGGCAGGAACAAGUCCCACGGCAUCCAGCUAUGGUUCAUCCGUGCCACAGAGUCUCCCCGUGUUUCAGCAUCCGUCACAUGCCCUCCUUAAGGAGAAUAACUUUACGCAGCAAGCCUACUACAAGUACCACCAUCGAUGCCUCAAGGAUCGCAAAAGGAUGGGCCCAGGGCAGUCGCAGGAGAUGAAUACCCUCUUCCGCUUCUGGUCAUUCUUCCUGCGUGAGAACUUCAACAAGAGCAUGUACGAUGAAUUCCGACAGCUUGCCAAUGAGGAUGCUGAAACUGGGUUCCGCUAUGGACUUGAGUGCCUCUUCCGCUUCUACUCGUAUGGCCUGGAAAAGAAGUUCAGACCACAUCUCUAUGAGGAUUUCCAAACAGAGACUAUCAGGGAUUAUGAAAAAGGACAACUGUAUGGAUUGGAAAAAUUCUGGGCAUUCAUCAAAUACUACAAAAACUCAAAGAAGCUAAGCAUUGAUCCGCAACUCAAUGAAUAUUUGGCUAAUUUUAAGACAAUCGAAGAUUUCCGUGUGGUUGAGCCGCAACUGGAUGAAAUGCUUCAGGGUGUGGGUUCACUGAGGACGUCUCCGGAUAAGCGACGUCACCGGAGUGUGUCUGAAAGUGAAGGUGCUACAACAUCUGCUGGUGGGGAACAUCAUGAGCAAGAAGUGAGACCAAUUGUUGGUUCACUCGGCAAUCGGAAUGUUCAGCAGAAUCGUGAUAGAAGAACUGGUGGAAGCAAUCAACGCACAAGAGCUGGAUCUUUUGGGUCAACAAUACGAUCGUACAAGAGGAAUCAGCCACAACAGCAGCAACAAGCAUCAAGUAAGUCCCAACAAAGUCAUAGCCAUACUGAUGGACCAUCCUCCCGUGAAGUUCCCAGCGCAUCCACCUCUUCAGCUGAUGGUGGUGUUGCUGCAAUGACUUCCAAAGGUGCUGAAGGGGGUAAAGUUCAAGCGAAAAAGUCCAAAAUUGAUGCUCCAACGACGAGUACCAAGAAGUGAGUGAAGAAUUUUUCUUUCUUUUACCACAAUUAUAUCAUUUAAAAAAAGAGAAGAAGUAGAAAGCAAAAAAAGAGAGAAACAUUUGCAAUGCCCCCACGCCUCCCUGCAGAAUGUUAGAAUUUUUGGUAAAGUGCCAAAUGGGACUUUUUCGUCGAUGCGUCGUCGUUUUGGACGCGGAAAAGCUCAAUAGACGAGAAGGUUUUUUUUCUUUUCUGUGUGUUUGUCUGUUUUGUAUGAGAGAGAGAAAUGUUUUCUUAUUUGUUUGUUUUGUUUUUCUCUCAACAAUCAAAAAUAAUAGAAAAAAAAAAGUUUUCCGGGAGGAACUUUUGAAAGAAAAUAAAACACACAAAAAGGAAUUCAAAAAAAACUUUAAAAAGCAAGAAAACAAUCAAUUGCUAAACUUAAAAAAAAAUGAAGAUUUUGUAUAGAAAAAAAUGAGAUAAAUUGUAUCAGAAAUUGCUCCUAAAGUCCCAAAGGUUAUUGAAAGAAAAAUCUACGUGAAAAUGAGAUGAAAAACUACUGAAAAAAAAAGAAAACGAUAUUAAAUGAACAUAGAGGGAAAAAGAAAAUCACUGGCACUGCUGUAAAAGUUAAAGAACACAGACAAUCCUUCACGGAUAUUUUUUUUCUUUGAGUUCUUUUCACUUUUUUUUCGUUCUUGUUCUACAAUUUUUUUUUCACUUUGCCUUCAAUAUUUUUUUCUUAAUAAUUCUUAUUUCCCUCAUAAGUUGUCUGACUUUAUUUUUUUUUCUUCUUUAUCUUCCAACAUAUAUUUUGUUUUAAAGACAUUAAAUACCAUGAGAAUGAAGGAAUAAAAAAAAAACAAUUAUUAUAUUGAUUUAAAAUGAGAAAUAUUACACAUAAUAACGAUUUACACAUUUAGAAGUUGUACUUGUGAAAUGAUGAUGAAAAAGAAAACUUAUUAAAAUUAAAAAAAAAAUGCGAGUGUGUUAAAUAAUAAUAAAAUAAUAAUAAAUGAAAAAAAAUGAAAGAUAGAAUAUUUACACUGAUAUAUAAAGAAAACAACAAAAAAAAUUUAAAAAAAAAUAGUCCUAAAUGAAAAAAAAAUCUUGUAAUAUAUUAAAUAUAUAUUAUUAAAAUAAAAAAAAAUCAUAAUGAGUAUAAUUUUAGGAAAAUGCGAAAAUAUUGGCCAAGCGAAGGCUUUAAGUGAGUUAAUAAUCUACAAAGAAAAUCAACAAAAACUUUAUUGAAAAAAAAGGAAAAACUUUAUGCGCAUUUUUUAACACAUAAAUUAGUAAUGUUUUUUCUUGUCUGGGCUGCAAAAAAAUUAUAUAUGAUUCGCUGAAAAAAAGAAAAAAAAAUCUUCAAAAAAAAUUCCCCAAAAAAAAGUCAAAAAUCGUCUUAGAAAAAAAACAGGAUAAUCGUAUUUUGAUUUUACUAAACAAAAUAUAUACGAGAUGAACCUUGAUUUAUCUUUAAUAAUAUUAUAUAUAUAUAUAAAAUUAUAUUACAUUUAAACACUAUAUUUUUAAUGAUGGAGAUAUAUAUAAAAAAAACACAAAAAUUGUAACAUCGUUGAAUGAUUUUUUUUGGAUUGAAGAUAAAAUCAAAAAAUGUGAAUGAAAAAUGAGAAAAAAAAAGAUUUCAACACCAAA